UUGAUAACUUUUACAUUUCCGUACUCCUCUCUGACAUCCGAAUGAGGCGCUUUUUCGUGUGACGCAUGGUGUUUUGCUUUUAAAAAAUCAUCAUGGGCUCCUUAAUUAAGCUAAAAAACAUUAAAUCUCCAUUUUUUCAACAAAUCCAACAAAAAAAUUUCCACACAACAACUUCUCUGAUGGAAAUUCGGAAGUUAUCGAGACUCCGGGUAGUUGACAACAGCGAAAUUGGGCGUCAGGCAAUGACGGAAGGCAAACCGCCGCGCGUUAUUCACGUCUACAACAAAAAAUCCGUGGGCAUGAUCGGCGACAAAGUCAUGGUUGCUAUCAAAGGACAGAAGAAAAAAGGCAUUUUGGUUGGUUUGAAGCAAAUUCAGAACCCAAAAGUACCGAAAUUCGACACAAACAACAUCGUACUGAUCGACGACAAUGGCACGCCGUUGGGAAAUCGCAUCCAAGUCCCCAUCCCGAUGAUUCUGCGGACAAUUUUGAAGGAAAGAACCCAAGCCAAAGGCGCCGAUUACACAAAACUCCUCGGAAUUGCAAGUAAAUUCGUGUGAAAAAACGUUUAUUAGGUGAAAAAAAAUAAAAUUUAGUCUCGUGUACAGUCAAAAUUUUUCCAAUACUCUGCAAA